AUGUACAUGUUGGCACGGAACAAAAAGGAGUGGCUCUUAAUUUCAUUGUACAUGUGUAUAGUGACAAUAAAAGGCAUUCAUUCAUUCAUUCAUUCAUUACAAAUUAUAUAAGUAUUUCUAUUGUCCGUUUUUUUUCCAGCAGGACUGCCUUAUUUAUCUGUGGCCUCUUUUUUUCUAUCUCUCUUUUUUCUUUGCUUUUACUAUAAUGGCGGAUUGUAAUGGAAUGGAAUGAGUUGGGUUUGAAUGUAAAGCCCGUGUUGGCAGUGAUCAGAGAGAAGUGUGGAGGGUGAGGUGAGGGGCGGUGCGGUGGCUCUGCCACACAUCCGGGUGUCGCUCCUGUUCAGAGCGCAAACUCGCUCCAGGCUGCGGCGUUUCCGCGACGCUCAGUGAGAGAGAGGGAGAGACUGAGAGACAGCCACCCCGAUCCAGUUGGAUUACCACCCCGAAAUGAACGAGGAGUAACAUUCAGUUCAAUAACGCGUCAAAUCAUAUUUGUACAAAUGUGUGUUGCUGUGUGUUAACUUCGGCAUGGACGACAUGGAGGACGGCUUAAUAACACCACCACCACCGCCUGACAUGCGAGACGCAGCUACGGCCAAACUAUAGGAGACUGGCCGCAUUUCCCUUCUGUUUUAUUCCGCGAUUUCUCCGUUCAUGCGUUCGUCUCAAAUCUUGCGUCUCUGUCUGGAGGAAGUAUGAAGAAGUUUAAUAUCAGAAAGGUGCUGGACGGCUUGACUGCGGCUUCCUCCUCCUCUUCCUCAUCCGCAUCAACUCAGCCGGGUAACAGGGAAAACGACAUCAUUCAGGAGACCCUGCAGUCCGAGCAUUUUCAGCUCUGCAAGACAGUGCGACAUGGCUUUCCUUAUCAACCCUCAGCCAUGGCUUUUGACCCUGUGCAAAAAAUACUGGCGAUCGGGACACAGACUGGAGCAUUAAGACUCUUUGGCCGUGCCGGUGUGGAGUGUUACUGCCAGCAUGAGAGUGGCUCGGCUGUCAUCCAGCUGCAGUUUCUCAUCAAUGAGGGGGCGCUAGUCAGUGGUUUGGCUGAUGACAGCAUUCAUUUAUGGAAUCUGAGGCAAAAAAUUCCAGCUAUUCUCCACUCUCUUAAAUUCAACAGGGAGAGGAUCACGUUUUGCCAUUUGCCCUUCCAGAGUAAAUGGCUUUAUAUCGGAACAGAACGGGGGAACAUUCAUAUUGUCAAUGUGGAGUCCUUCACUCUCUCAGGCUAUGUCAUCAUGUGGAACAAAGCCAUUGAACUCUCUUCAAAAACCCACCCUGGUCCUGUGGUGCACAUCAGUGAUAAUCCUAUGGAUGAGGGAAAGCUUUUGAUUGGUUUUGAAUGUGGUAUUGUCGUGCUAUGGGAUUUGAAAUCAAAGAAAGCUGACUACCGCUACAGCUAUGAUGAGGCGAUCCACUCAGUGGCCUGGCACCAUGAAGGGAAACAGUUUGUGUGCAGUCAUUCAGAUGGUACUCUUACCACAUGGAAUAUACGUUCUCCUGCCAAGCCGGCACAGAUCAUUACACCACAUGGCAAGCAGCCUAAGGAUGGAAAAAAGCCAGAGCCAUGCAAACCCAUUCUGAAAGUGGAAUACAAAACAACCAGAGCUGGGGAUCCUUUCAUGGUGCUGUCUGGAGGUCUUUCAUAUGAUACAGUGGGACGCAGAGCCUGUCUGACUGUAAUGCACGGAAAAAGUACUGCUGUACUGGAGAUGGACUAUCCCAUUGUGGAUUUCCUAACUCUGUGUGAAACUCCUUACCCGAAUGAUUAUCAAGAGCCUUAUGCAGUAGUCGCGCUGCUGGAGAAGGAUUUAGUAGUUAUUGACCUCGCACAAACUGGGUACCCUAUCUUUGAAAACCCAUAUCCUCUGACUAUCCACGAGUCCCCAGUGACCUGCUGUGAAUACUUUGCUGACUGUCCUGAUGAACUUAUCCCUGCACUUUACUCUGUGGGAUCCAGGCAAAAGAGACAGGGCUACAGUAAAAAGGAGUGGCCUAUAAGUGGUGGUAAUUGGGGCCAGGGCACACAAAGCUAUCCAGAGAUCAUUAUCACAGGACACGCUGAUGGAUCAGUCAAAUUUUGGGAUGCUUCUGCAUUAAUGCUGCAGGUGUUGUACAAGCUGAAAACAGCCAAGGUGUUUGAAAAAGCCCGUAACAAGGAGGAGAAGCCCAGUACUGACAUAGUGGAUGAAGACCCUUUUGCCAUCCAGAGUCUGUCCUGGUGCCCGGAGAGCCGCAUGCUGUGUGCGGCUGGAGUCUCUGCUCACGUCGUUGUUUACCGGUUCAGCAAACAGGAAAUAACCACAGAGGAGGUUCCGCUGUUGGAGGUGCGGAUGCAAUGUGAGCUGAAUGAUGUCGAAACGCCGGAUGGUGGAGGGGACCACGCAUCGGCUGUAUCCACACCAGGAGCUUUAUCCAGCCCUCAGUCCAGCGCACCACAAACACACCUAUCCACCAGCAGCAACAACUCCACUGAUGGCCUGCGUGAUAACGUGCCCUGCCUCAAGGUGAGGAGCACUCCGCUCAAGCAGUCUCCAGGCUACCAGGUGGAACUGGUCAUUCAGUUGGUGUGGGUGAGUGGGGAGCCACCACAGCAGAUCACCAGCCUGGCUGUCAACUCUGCAUACGGCCUAGUGGUUUUUGGUAAUGGUAAUGGCCUGGUGGUGGUGGAUUAUCUUCAGAAGAUGCUGCUGCUCAAUGUGAGCACAGCAGAACUGUACGGCUCCUCUGAUCCCCAACAGAGACAGCCACGCUCACCCCGCAAAGCCAGACAACCCUCUGGAGGUCUCUGUGAUGGCCAUGACGGUUCUACUGCCUUAGAAGACCGGUGCAAAUCUCCUACAUCAGGCUGCAUAAGCUCUGACUCCCACUGCCAUUCUGAUGAUGACAGCAAACAAAAUUUCUUUGAAAGGGUGAAGUCGAAAAGCAGACUGUUAUCAAAGAGUGUUGCCAAUGACCUUGCUAAGAUGUCAUGGAAAUUUAGCUUGGCUGCUGAUCAGAAACAAGAUGGGACUAUACAGCGCCAGUGCUCUCUCCCUAAUAAGAAACGUGUGUUUCAUGAGAAGGAAGAAGUGUCCAGAAGAAAAGCAACAUCUAUUUACAGGACUCACUCUGUGCCUGAUUCCAAUGCCAAGGACAAUUCCUUUAGCCGCUCGCGCAGCUCCAGCGUGACCAGUAUUGACAAAGAAUCACGUGAGGUCAUCUCGUCUUUGCAUUUUUGCGACUCCCUAUCCAGGAAGAGUGAUGUGGCAGCAGCCCCCAGCCUUUGGGUGGGCACCUCUGUGGGCACUAUGCUGGGUAUCUCCUUCAAUGUGCCCUCCACCCCUGAGCAGAGGCUGCAACAAACAGUAGGCGUCUCCUUCUGUGGCUCCUUAAUUCGGUUGAAAGGAGGCAUUUUGCGCAUGGCAUUGAUGGACUCAAGUGGCUCUCUACAGCCUCCUGCCUCUGAGUGCUGGUAUGACCUCAACGCCCCUGAGGAGGAGAGGGAAAAGACACGCCGGCGCCGGCCUGCCUCACCCCCUUCUUCUCAGGAGAACCUAGACACCCACUACGCUGUGGUCUGUUCUGAGAAACAGGCCAAAGUGGUGGCCCUGCCCUCACAGAACUGCAUCUUUGAACACAACAUCACUGAAACCUCGUACGUGCUGAGGGCCGACGUUGUGGUCAUGCCUGCUGGCAUCUGCUUCGCCUGCUUCUGUGCCAACGGGCAUAUCAUGACUCUGAGUUUGCCCAGUCUGCGGCCGCUACUAGAUGUGAACUAUCUGCCUCUGACGGACAUGCGGAUAGCCCGAACCUUCUGCUUCUCCAACCUGGGCCAGGCUCUGUAUCUCACCUCCCCUACAGAGAUCCAGAGAAUCACCUACAGUCAGGAAACCUGUGACAACUUACAGGAAAUGCUGGGAGAGCUGUUCACUCCAGUCGAGACACCAGAGGCUCCGAACAGAGGCUUUUUUAAAGGUCUUUUUGGAGGCGGUGCCCAAUCCCUGGAUAGAGAGGAUCUCUUUGGAGAAUUGGCAGCAGGGAAGGCCUCACGCAGCCUUGCCCAGCACAUUCCAGGACCAGGUGGCAUGGAGGGCAUGAAGGGGGCAGCAUCAGGAGUGGUGGGGGAGCUGGCACGUGCCCGCAUAGCUCUAGAUGAGAGAGGACAGAAGCUCAGUGAGCUGGAUGAGAGGACGGCAGCCAUGAUGGCCAGCGCAGACUCAUUUUCCAAGCAUGCACACGAUGUGAUGUUAAAGUACAAGGAUAAGAAGUGGUAUCAGCUCUGAUGGCCAUGCAGAGAGUCAGGGGGUCCUUGGUCUUGGGGCUGCACAUCCCUCCCCAACCUUCUCCCUCUAUUCCCCCUCCUCCUUUCUCUCUCAAAAAUAAAGGUUGUGUCUGCUGUUCUCAAGUUCAACACUGCAGUGUUUCCUCAGUCAUCCGACAUCUCAGGUUGAGCUGAGGGGCUGAACAGAGAGUGAGAAUGGAAGAAGCAGGAAGAGGGAAAGGAACGCUAGCAAAAACCUUCCAUUUCUCUAGAAGGAAUGUGAGCGGUUGAGCUCUCUUUCCUGUCACAAAGAUGCUCCUUCCUGUUACAGGAUAGGGGACUCAACAUGAGUUCUGGCCAUGUACCUUGCUCUCAUCAUCAUCAUCUGUGCUAUCAUUUUGUCACUGCCAUUCUAAUCAUAAAAAACAAAACAAAGAAAAAAAAAAACAGAAAAAGAUUGUGAUUAUUUCUAUAAAUGAAUGGGGUGAGAGUAGUUGAACGUUGGGCACAGUAAAUGUUAUGCCCGUAGCAUUGCCUGGUGUAAUGCCUUCUGAUUACAUCGAUUUAAAUAAAUAGCAUGUCUAGUGACUUAGAAACCUAGAAUUUACUACUUUUUUAUUUCUUCCCCCACACCCACAUAGACUGAAGGCUAUAGAUGUGUGAUGAAGUGUCAUUAAUUCCAUCUCUAAAGGGCUGGUAAUGUGCUGUAACAACCAUAUAGCAUGUGAUAAUUUCUGCCAGAUCAUGGACAUACCAGUCAAAGUAGAAUCAUGCCGAUCUUUCGUUUCAGUCCUUUUUCAUAAAGGACGUGUUGGUUUACACUGAUCAGAAAUCCCUAGAAAGCCAUUAAAAACUUUUGGUUUAGACACAGAACAUGUGCAUCCAAACAAAUAUUAGGGUAAAUGAACUGAGCAUGAUCUAAUCAUCUGCUGAAUAUAUGUAGUUUGAGUGGCUGCAUAUCAUAAACUGGAGAAAUAUAUCCUGGAGCAUGUGUAUUAUUUUUGUCCAUGUGGCGAAACUUGACAAAGACUUGACAAAAGUGUGAGGCAUGACAUACAGUAUGUGCCUUGUGACGACUACUGUAGUAGAUUUCCUCACUAACUGGUGGAAACUCAAGAAUGUUCUGUGGAUACUUUGUGGAGUUUUGCUCCUCCUCCCAUUUUUCCCAUGAUGCUUCAGCUUCUCUGCUGUGCGACCCCUAAGGAGACCCCUUAGAGCAUCUCUGCAGUGAAACUGCUAUACAGGCCUGGUUCUAUUCAGCAGUCCUCAGGUGGAGGAAAGAUAAUAUAUUUCUCUUCUAUUCAUCUCCAUUUCCCCCCCAAAGUAACUUGAUAAAUGCAUGCGUUUCAUCCAGCUCAGAGAAGCGACUACAGCCAUCUUUGUGUUUGCUGCAGAGGAAGUAACCAAGCACCACUAAGCAACUCCAUGCCAUUGGUCAACAUUUCCUUAAUCUGUACCUGAGAGGGGUUUCUCUUUUGCCUUUGCUUAUCAUGCAAUUAUGCUAACCUCGACCUAUGUGUGUAUCUGUGAGUCUUUGUGAACAUACAUAUAUGCAGGAGUAUGUGUGUGCUCACGUAUGGUUAUAGAAAUGCCAUAGCACCUGAUUUAUUUUAAAUUCUAAGUUAAUACUUUUUUGAUUAUGUAUGUGCUGAGUCUUUUUUUUUUUUUUUCUUUAUUUCGGUUUGUGAGGUGCAAGAAAUUGCUGCUACUUGUUUAUUUAGGAGCAUUUUUUUGUUGUUCUCUCUUUACCAAUGAAGAAUGAUGCUUUUCUGUUCUUUUUCCAAAUUGCUGCCAAAUGUUGUAAAUAGUUAGACAUUUGAAGACAAAUUUGAGAGUGCUAGCACAAAGCAAUUGGGGAUGGCGGCCAUGUUUGUGUCUGACACCAAACAGUUGUUUAGCUAGUAUCUCAUCAUCCAAACUGAGAGGGUCUGACCUGCUGUGAUGCUUGUUAUAGAGGAUCUGAGAGAAUGGUGUCAUGACCUCCAUAGAAAUACAUUGAGCUACUCCUUUGCUUGCCAUGACAUUUGUGUAAAUACCUACCAAAAUGGAGAAUUUUCAGCGUUGAGCGAACUGAAAAUUAAUUACGCUACUGUGCUUAAUAUUAUUUUAUUUUUUUUUGUAUAAGCUGUUGUGAUUUUGCACUAUAUGUUUUGUAUUAUAAUGACAUGAAUGUCAUUUUAUUGAUAUUUUUGUAGUUUGUUUUGUAACUAUUUUUUGGCAUUUGUUUCUUUUAGAAGGACCAAAACACGAGUAAGCAAGAUACUGAGAUGUGUUAAUGGCAAGCUUCAAGGAGUGUCUCUUACUCUCAGAUCUGUCUUCAUUGUCAGUUCAAUGAUAUAAUAUAUUUAUAUAUUUGGAAAAUAUAUAUAUACUUUUAAUUUCAGAUAUUUACAAAGAAAUACUUUUAGUAUAUUAUUUAAAGAGAAUGUCACAUUUUAAGAUAAUUGGUUGUAUAUAUUCUCCCUGAAUAUCAAAUUUAAACACUUAAAGGUGAGCGAACUGCUUGAUCAUGUGUAGAUUGAGGAGCUGCUUCAGCCUUGAAGCUCUGUGUGUCUGAGACUAUGGGCCAUUUCUGUAUACUGUGUCCUACCAAGUUUUCUUGCACAAAAAAAGGCAGCAUGAUACUUAGUGUUUACAAAUUUGAAACAUUAAUAAUGUAUACCCUUUAGACAAGAUGUCUAAUUUCUGAAUCAUGUUAGACAAGAGCAGAUCCCAUGUAUCUUUUGUUUCUCACUCAGGCAUGGAGGAACAUAUUUAAUGUGUGUUGUUACAUUUUGAAUUGUUCACCGUGAGCAUACUCAGCCAAUACAGUACUCCCUAAAGCCCAUGCUCUUCUGUUUUCUGGGGAGAGGGUCUGUUUUCUUAAUUGCCAUGUUUGAAAGUUUCUGUGGGGUGCAGUUUUCCUCAUUAUAGCCAAGUUAUUGUACAGUUUUAUUAAGCAGAAUUUCACAUGGAUGUUUGUCUUAAUAUGCUGCCACCUACAGUCUAGGAAAUAUGUUGAUUAUACAUAACUGUGGAUUGGAAAAUAAAUGUAAAGCAAACA